UGAAUUGAUUCUUCGGCGAUCGUUCAGCAGUGGAAUUAGUUCGUCGUUUUCGGGAAGAAUGGUAAAACAUGGUCAGAAACAACCAUCGGAGCAUUCGAACAUUGCUUAAUGCCUCGAUAUCACAACAAAAGAGUGUCAUGCUCGCGUUGUAGACCGAAGGGUGGUCUUAAAAGCUUGAUCAAGGGGAAAACGAACAGUAAAUCGAAGAGUCAAUUUCGGAUCAAUCUUGUUUGAUUUACAGGACGCUCAGACUGUCCGCUGGUGUUGAUUGACUGAAAUGAAUCUGAAGCCAGAGGCCACGAUGAAUGAAAAUUAAAAAAAGGGGAAAUCUUUAGAAAUCGCGAAGGCUUGUUGACAUGGAGACAUUUACAGACAUAUUCUCUGAAAGCUUGAUCAGGAAAGGUUCUCUGACGUCAUGCGAGGAAGAACUCCGAGAGUUAAUGCGGCAAAUUGAUCUUAUGGUAUCUGCCAAGAAAGCAGAAUGGGAAACUCAUGUGCAUUCUGUUCAAAUACAAUUGGACAAGAAAACCAAAGAGCUGGAAUUUGUUAAAGUUCAACUGGAGCAGAAGUGUCAGGAGGUUGGUGGGCUUGAACAGAAAGUGGAUGAAAUGGACAUGACUCAAAGAGAUCUUGUGGCUGAGUAUGAAGAACAUGUUAUGCAUCUUAAACAAGAGGAACACAGAGUCAAGAUACAGGACUUGGAAGGUGGAAAGAAAGCGAGAGAUGAUCGCAUCCGAGGGCUGGAGAGUCAAAAAAGAGCUUUGAUCGAGAAGAGUGAUUUGAUGCAGCAACAGCUGCUAGGAUACCAAGCACAGCUUAACAAGAGGAGACAAAUGAUGGAAGACCUUGAGCGUGACCAUCAAAAAGAGAUGGCUGCGCUGCAAUCCCAGCUUGGACGUGCAAAAGAUGAAUGUGACGAUACUGAAGAUACUGUUCAACAGUUGAAGAGUUCAUUAGAAGAAGCUCUUGCAUCCAAUAGGGAACAAGCCUCUGAUAUUGUCAAGGUGCAAGACGAACUCAGGAAGACACGUUCGUCUCUUCAGCGUCUUGAGGAAGAAAAUGCCCAUUUGCGGUUAGAAUUGCAAUCAAGAGAUGAUCUCAUAAGAGCAGCAGAGGACGAUCAAAGACAGCACUCAGAAGACAUGACUAAAAUGGAAGAGAGUUUAAUAAUGAAAGAUGAGAUCAUCAGACAACUUGAAGAAGUGGGCAGGCGAACAGAAAAUAUCGAAGUGAGGAGACUUAAGGAGGAUCUCAGAACAAGUAGGAUGGAAAUACAGUCGAAUCUCGACGCCAGUCAAUAUCAGAAGGAUGAGAUAAGCCAUCUUAAUCAAAAACUGGAUAGUAGCAAGAAUGAAAUUUCAAAGCUACAAGCUGAACUGUGCAGGAAGCAAGAGGAGGUGAAAUUCAUUCAAGACAAUGACGUAAAACAGCUCCUUUCGGAAAAUUCAAAGCUCAAAGAGAGAAUUUCGUCAGGAGACGACGGUCAUCAGGCCGAAGUCGAGGGAAUGAAGGAACAGAUCGCCAACAUGACUGCGGAACUUCACAAAAGGGACACUGCAAUGGCAUCCAUUACGGAAAGAGCUCAGCGGAUGGAAAAAGAUCUGCGAGAAACGACAGCUAAACACGACAGAGCAGCUGCUGAACUACAAGUAACGAACGCGCAGCUAGAAGCUUUGCGAAUUGAAAACAGACAUUUGCGUGACACUGCGCUUAAUGAGCAGCUAACGGAUUUAUCUGAUCUUUACAGUGGCAACCUGCAGCUCAUUGGCCAACUUGAGGAAGACAACAGAAACUUGCGUACAGAGGUAGCCACGCUGCGCGAAGAACUAACAACUUUGGAAGCUAAAUAUCAAGAGAAGUAUCGGAACGCUUUGAAAAAGAAUCAGGAUGUGCUGGCAGACAUCAAGGAUAACGAGUUCAGACGCCAUAGCGAGCUGCGGUCAGAGUCUGAGCGCAAAGUGGCAUCUUUAGAAGGUCGCCUUGAAGCUACGAUAAGAAAAUAUGAGACUCAAUUACACAGCCUACAAAUGCAGAACGAACGAUUGGCGAGUGAGGCAUCGGAGCAUCGAGACGGUGGUGCACCACGGCCUUUAAUGUCCUCAACCAGCAAGGUCCUUCCUGAAUAUGUUCCCAGAAGGCCCGUUGAUUUGAGUCACACCAGCACCACAAGCGGCUACACAGACACCGAAGCGUUGACGUACGCCGACCUAGCUGCAGGCCCAGCUCCUUCAGAUACUGAGCGUGCUGCCACCCCAGUUGGUGCUAGGCGAUCCUCCAUUACAUCGGAUUUCUUGGCGGAGGAAAACCGGCGGGAAAAAGAACUGGAACAAAUUCUGGAAAGACGAAUAGCGGACUUGAAAACUAACACAGAAUAUAUUCUGCAGAAAUACACGUGACAGUACAGUGGGGGGCAUCGUGUCAUCAAGUAGCUGUUCUAGACUUCAAGAACGAAAAAGGGAAAAUUUUUGUGAUAAAUAUUUUACAAAUAAUAUAAGGAUCAAACGCCCUUAGCUUUGUACGAAAAGGGAGGGGUAUAGAGUGAAUGAAAAAAAAAAGCAUUGGCGUUUUAUGGAUGUGUUCAGUUGACCACUUUGAAGAUUCCAAAACGAUCACUUAAGGACUGAAGUUGACUGCAGAUCGGUUUGUUUUUACUGUAUGAGGGUAAAAAAGAAUUUACAUCUAAAGGCUUCGUACUAACCUUCUUUUUUUAAAGAAGAAACUUCGGUUGUCUCGAAAAAGGUUUAUCGUUUUUCGGAAUUUUACUGCAAAAGAGGGAUUUUAUCGUACAGAGCGUUUUUCCAUUGAGUAAAUGUCGUCAAACCAAACCGCAGUACUGAAUCACAACGACCAAUCAGAAGAAAGGAAACUACCCUUGAUAGCCGAUGAGAACUCAAAGUAAAAACAACCAAACUGCCUAAAGCGCGGGAAAACGUAGGUGACGAAGGCGUGAUUGGUUUUAUAUAUACAGCUAUUUGAUUGGUUGAGAAAGUGGUGCGAAUUUUCUGGACCAAUCACAGAACGAAGUAAACGAAGCAAACCUAAUGCAAUCUCGAAUUACUUUCGACACUCGAUUGAAAUUUUUCUAACGCAGAAACUUCGGCAUUUUACUGCCAUAGAGUAAUUAAUCCUUUAGUGAAGCCUAAUGAUUUUCGAGGCAAGGUAUUGUCAGGUUUUGAAAUUGUUUAGUCUGCAGUUACGGUGUUUGUUCCUUUACUUAACUGGUUCUGCAGUUUAGAUGAUGGUCUCCCAGAAUUCCAAGCCAGUUUUUCUAGGAAGGUAACCGAACCCUCUGCUCUUUCUAAAUAUUUUUCAACAAGUGAACACCCGCGGGAAACAUUUUUGGUCGAUUGCUACAGAAGAACUCAACAGCAUUUGACAUUUUUAACGACCUAUCCUAGAGGAAGUGUUUGUCAUAUACUUACCUAGCGUGAGAAUAUUAAUAUAUUUCUAGGUUUAAAUAUAUUUUCUUAACUUAUUUUGUCAUAUUAAGAGCAGUUUCUAGGCAUUUUUAGUCAAAUUGUAGGUUGCCAUAUAUUUAUUUAUUCAUUUAUCUCUCAUUGUAGCUAGUAGAAGGAAAUCCUUUUAACUCCCAAGGUUUGGUUGUUAUUUCUCCUUUAGCUGCCCCACAUUUACCUGUAAAUUAGUAACGAGAGAACAAGAUAACAAAUUUUAGCUGACGAGUUUCAGUAUUCUCAUGAACUGUUUUGUAGAUGUUGUAUGGAGAUUAUUGGGAGAAGUUACUUGUUAAUCACUGGGAGUUAAAGAGUUUGAUAACAUGAAAACUCUUAGAUAUCUGGGUUAGAUAUCUGGGCAUUCUAAAUGAGACUAAAGGAAUAGAAACAUA